UUCUCAACCUUCUCUCUCUCCGCGAUUCACGUUUUUCCCAAUCUGAUCCUGUCGGAGAGAGAGAGAGAGAGAGAGAGAGAGAGUUCCGCCGCCGAAUCGAAAAUUCACCGUCACGUUCGCUCCUCCCUCGAUCUCCGUUACCGUCAAGAUCGAAUCUUUCGUGGUGGGGGUUUCUCGAGUAAGAGAGAGAGAGAGAAAGGGGGGGGGGGAAAUGAGUUUUCAGGAUUUAGAGGCGGGAAGAGGAGGGAGACCGUUAGCUUCUUCGAGUAGUAACAUCAAUGGAGGAGGGAGACAAGACACGACGCAAGCCGUGGCUUCCGGUGUGUUCCAGAUCAACACAGCCGUCUCUAGCUUCCACCGUCUGGUCAACACUCUCGGUACUCCCAAAGACACCCCGGAGCUCCGAGAUAAGCUGCACAAGACAAGACUACAUAUCGGAGAGUUAGUGAAAGACACGUCUGUUAAACUUAGAGAAGCUAGUGAAACUGAUCAUCAAAGAGGCGUAGAUCAAAGGAAGAAGAUUGUGGAUGCUAAGCUUGCAAAGGACUUUCAGUCUGUAUUGAAAGAGUUUCAAAAGGCGCAGCGUCUCGCUGCUGAAAGAGAAACUGUCUAUGCUCCUCUUUUCACCAGUCCUUCUCCUCCAUCUAGCUAUACAUCCAGUGAGAUAGAUGUGAGUGGAGAUAAGCAUUCAGAGCAGCGUGCGCUUCUUGUGGAAUCGAAAAGACAAGAACUUGUACUGCUGGACAAUGAGAUUGUAUUUAAUGAAGCUAUCAUCGAGGAACGAGAGCAAGGGAUACAAGAGAUCCAGCAGCAAAUUGGUGAGGUGCACGAGAUCUUCAAAGACUUGGCUGUCCUGGUACAUGAUCAAGGCACCAUGAUCGAUGAUAUUAGUACUCACAUCGAUAACUCCCACGCUGCAACAGCACAAGGAAGAUCUCAUCUCGCAAAAGCUUCGAAGACACAAAGAUCGAGUUCAACUCUGAUGUGCUUGCUCAUGGUGAUUUUUGGAAUCGUACUCCUGAUUGUUAUCAUAGUGCUGGCGAUUUGAUUUUCAAGAACUCACUAAACCAUGGAGAAGUGCUUUCACCAUCAAUCUAGAGAUCUUAAUGGGUGUAUGUGUGUCACUUUGUUAGACUGCUGGUCUUUGGUCUCUUGUUUUAGAGUAUAUGGAGUAGUCGGGUUUGGUUUGAGGGUGUCAGAGUGUGUUAUUGCUUUUGACUCUUGUAUUAUAUUUUGUUAAAGAUCCUUUUAUCUGUGUUUUUGAAAGUGAAA